AUGGGGCACCACCGCCUCCUCGAGCGCGUCGCCAAGGAGUGCCACCUCGCCAACGCGUCUGGCCUGGUCGCCGUCCGCCGCUUCUUCUACUCCUCUUACUCCCGGAGCCUGAAUGGGAGCAUCUUCGACGGCCUGCACAUGGACCUCUUGUCCUACGCCGACGGCAUGCUCAACGCGGGCUCGCACGACGAGCAGAGCCUAGGGGCCGGCAUCCUUGUCGCUCUCGCCGAGUCCCACCGCUUCGAGGACUCCACGCUUCGCAAGAUCGGCAUGUCCGCCCCCACCAUCGAGCGGCUCAUCCAGAUGCUCAGCUGGAAGAGCACGUCCGAGAGGGACGUGCGCAGAUCGGCCGCGGUUGUUGUCUCCAUGCUCACCGGGAGGAAGUUCGUUGCCCUCCGCGUCACCAGCAUCCCUGGGGCGGUGGAGUCCGUGGCUUCGUUGCUGUACGCCGACCUCGACGAGCUCAACCUCCUCGGCCUCUCCAUCCUCAAUAAGCUGGCGUACGACCAUGAUAACUGCGACAAGAUCGGCAAGACCCGGAAUCUCGUCGACAAGAUCAUUUCAUACUGUAGCAUCACUGGCGGGGGACAGGCGGUAGCGCCGACGGAUAUGCGGCUGAAGGCGGUGAAGCAGUCGCUACUUGUGGUGAAGAGGCUGACGGGCAUGACGGGGACCACCGGGAAGCUUCUACGAAGGGAGCUUUCCGACAUCGUGUUCACGGUGAGCAACCUCAUGGAGGUGCUGUGCUGGAGCAGCGUGACGGAAAGGUCCAGUCCGAGCUGCACCAGCUGGCGAUCGAGGUGCUGA